AUGCUGGCUGCCGUCGCCACGGACUACCCCGCCCACGAGGAGAUCCUCCGGCGCCUGCAUGUCGAGGGAGCCAGCCUCGACCUGGUCUGCUUUGCAGACCAUGCGGCCGGUCGGCUAUUCGCUGCUGUGCGAGGUACCGAUCGGAGCCUGAACCCGCUGACAACACCUGACGAUGUUCGCAGCAACAUGCACGUCAUCCUGGGAUACGGCCCAGCUCGAGCGGAGGCAGCUCUGAGCGAGUAUCGCACCCUCCGGCGGCGAUUUCCUCAUUAUGAUGCCUUCGGAUGUGGCCACUCCUUGGGUGGCGCUGUGAUCCUUCAUGUGGCGAAAUGCGUGGAGGAGGAGCCUGGGCUCGUCUUCAAGAGGAUCGAUGUCUUCAACACGGUCACCUGA